UUUUUUUGAGUUGGCUACGGACUCGAAUUUAUUUCAGUCGAUCAUAUUCGAAGAUCGAAAGUCGUGGGGAGACUCGAAGCCACCACUUCGUUGCCGAGAGCUUCAGUCUUGCUUCUCCCGAUCUUCUCUAAUUCCUGUGCAAUGGACUCGAGACCUCAUCAGGAUACCUCUGGCAGUUUUUUUUCCUCGUCCUCGGAUAAACUUCAGCUGUAUUCCUACUGGCAGAGCUCGUGCUCGUGGCGUGUUCGCUUCGCCUUAAACCUGAAAAGACUUCCCUAUGAGUACAAAGCAGUCAACCUUUCAAAAGGAGAGCAGUUUAGUCCAGAGUUUGAGCGUUUAAACCCUCUUCACUUUGUUCCGGUGUUAGUGGAUGGUGAUCUUGUGGUUUCAGACUCCUUUGCAAUCUUACUGUAUUUGGAAGAGAAGUAUCCUCAAAACGCCCUUUUGCCAGUUGAUGCCAAAUGCAGAGCAGUCAACCUCCAGGCUGCAAGUAUUGUUACCUCUAGCAUGCAACCUCUUCAUAUGUUGUCAGUGCUGAAGUACAUUGAGGAAAAAGUUGGUCCUGAAGAACGCCAAUCAUGGGCUGAGUAUCAUAUAGGGAAAGGUUUUGCUGCUCUUGAGAAGUUGUUGAAAGAUUUUGCUGGCAGAUACGCUACUGGGGAUGAAAUAUGCAUGGCUGAUGUCUUUUUGGCCCCACAGAUCAGUGUAGCUGUUAUGAGGUUCAAGUUUGAUAUGUCCAAGUUCCCAACUCUAUGUAGGAUCUAUGAAGCAAAUAAGGUUCUCCCAGCAUUCCAAGCUUCUUUGCCAGAAAGACAACCUGAUGCUAGUAUAGAUUGAGCAUGCUUGAGUGCUUUCUCUUCAUAUCCAUGGCGUCCAGUGUAAUCAAGUAAUGUAUGAUAAUAUGGUUUAUUAUUAGUAACAUAGUGGCUUAGUGAAAACAUUACUUUCAUUAUUUGGCCUAGUUAGUAAUUUGCUUUUCCCAUGGGAAGGGAGUUUAUCUCAGUGCUGAUUACUGUUUAUUGUGUUGAACAAUCCAGGUUGUUCAUAUUAAUCUCAUGAAAUAAGAACUAACUGAUGCGGUAUGAUGUCA